GCAGCAUAUAGAUGAGCAAAGAGAGCUAUAUCUGCAAUAUGACCCCGAGGAUGUCAGGAUGGAGCAUGAGAUCCUCACUUGGCGCAACCCGCCGAAAUAUCUCGACAGUAAAACAUCCGACUCACCAGUCAAGAAAGACGAGGUCAGUGGUGGAGCCAUGUCUGACAAUGACAUCUGGGGCCCCAAGGAAAAGAACUUGCCUGAGAUCUCGGAGGAAAUGAAAUCCUGGAAGGAGGGAUUACUCCAUCUCGGCCAAGUUCAAGACGAUUCUCCAGACAGAAUUUGUCAUUUUAAAAGUGUCCUCGGGACAUCCGAGGAUACUGCACUGUUGAUUCUUCAUGAUGCGGCUGAAAAGGACGAUACUCGGACCACUGGUGAUUCAGAACUAUCUGUCUCCGAAUUGCUGAAGCUUCUGAACAGUCGCUUUGUGGAUAGCACGAAGAUAAUGUCGUUUUUUUUUCAGGCUGGAGGACAUAACAAUGGGAUACUCCAGUAUGCCAAAACCAUCAGAGGAUCCUUUCGAGUGCUUCAGCUACAUGGCGGAACCAUUUUUUAUUACCAUGAAGUUUUUAGGCGCAGCCUCAAGACUCUACAAGCUCCUACCAGGAGCACCGGUAGCUUUGAGCCUGAUUCGAAAAGAGCUCCACGGGUUAACAAAGUUCAUG